GAGCACUCUUUUGUUCAGUAGCGCUCAGCUGCUGGAGAGGUGAGCACCACUCUGGCGCUCAUCCACUCAUCGCGGCUGCCGCCUCGGCUCGUCUCCGAAAGAAGCGCGGACACUGCUUGAGACAGUCACCCAUUGCAUGCAAAACAAUUUAUAUAUACCGGUGCCUCCUGGGUCUGUGCCUCCCCUACCCGACACCUACAGCUGCUUCGUUUUCACCCGCUCUUGCAGGGGCUUUUUACGCGCCGUUGGAUGGUUCGGCUCCCCUCGUCUGUGGCGCUGUACCACCUGCACCGUGUCAGACCGGCGCUCCUGCUUUAAGGCUACUGCAUCGCUCUACAUUCCUGAGGACUGGACCCCACUUCAUCCGAAAGGUGCAGCAGGAUGCAGGGAGCACUGCCUGUGUGUGGACUGCAGCCCCUGCUGGCCCUCCUUCUGCUUCAAACUGCGGGCUGCGGCACAACCAACGCCGACACUGUGGUGAAUAUGCGGAAGGUGACCCAUCAGACCAUUAGCGAGGAGCUGUCCAAAACCGUUCUCCUCCCCUGCCUCUUCACCCUCCGCCCCAGUGCCAGCUCAUCUCAUGAGCCCCCCAGGAUCAAGUGGACCAAGGUUUGGGGCCAGAGAGGCUCCGACGGCCUGCAGAAGGAACAGUCGGUCCUGGUGGCCAAAGACAACGUGGUCAAGGUGAAGAAGGCUUUCCAGGGUCGUGUCACGCUGCCUGGUUACAGUGAGAAUCGCUACAACGCCAGUCUUGCUCUGUCAGGGCUACGGUCCAGCGACUCUGGUCUGUACCGCUGUGAGGUCGUGGUGGGCAUCAGUGACGAGCAGGACACAGUUCCCCUGGAGGUCACAGGUGUGGUAUUUCACUACCGAGCCCCUCACGACCGAUACGCCCUGUCCUUCGCUGACGCCAAGAGAGUGUGUGUGGAGAACUCAGCAGUCAUCGCAUCACCCGGCCAGCUGCAGGCGACCUUCGCUGAUGGAUAUGACAACUGUGAUGCCGGCUGGCUGUCUGACCAGACUGUACGGUAUCCCAUCCAGUCGCCUCGGCCCGGUUGCUAUGGCGAUCGCGAGGACUCACCUGGAGUCCGUAACUAUGGCGAUAGGUCCCCUGAUGAGCUGUUUGAUGUCUACUGCUUCGCUAAGCAGCUUCAAGGUGAAGUGUUCCACUCCACAGUGCCGGAUAAGUUGAGCCUGGCCACAGCCUCCACCCACUGCCACGCCCUUGGAGCCCAGCUAGCCACUGUCGGGCAGCUCUACCUCGCCUGGCAGGCCGGCCUGGACCAGUGUGACCCCGGCUGGCUUGCAGACGGCAGCGCCCGCUACCCUAUCAACGUCCCGCGGAAGAACUGCGGCGGAGACGAGCCCGGGGUGCGGACUGUCUACAACAACCCCAACCGCACUGGCUUCCCCGACACCACGGCCCUGUACGACGCCUUCUGCUACCGAGCCCACCAGCCAGCGGGGGUCCAGGCUGCAGAGGCACAGGCUUUGUACCAGGCCCCAAACCCAGCAGCAGAGGCCAUCCCUUCUGUCACCGAAGCCCAGCGUAGUAGUGCCCCUUUCCCCAAAACUUCUACCUGGACUGGCUUGGUUGACUUGGAGAACGCAGGAGUCCACUCUAUUGCUGGGAUCAACAGCUCUGCUGAGAUCUCCGAAGAGCAUGUCGUCAUCCACUUAAGGCCAGAGGAGGGCUGGGGUGAAAAACAGGAUGGACCCAUAACCAGCCAACCCAGCCUGGAGGAGUCUGACGUCCCAAAGAGUAGCAACGCCAUGGGCCUUUCUGACCUCGAGACCCUGGAGAGCCAUGGAGGCUCUGCUCACGAAGAACAAGACGCCGGCUAUUUUGGAUCAUCUGACACCCCAACACCAUCCUCCAUGGCUUCCUCCACUCCUCAGCCUCAGACUGGUAACAGUGUGUUGGCUGAGUUUGUUCACACUCUGAUGAGGCCCUUCAGGUACUGGAGAGGAGGAGAAGAGGUAGAGGAGACAGAAAAGAGGCUUUCAGAGCUCGAGGAAAAAGCAGGACAGAACCAGACGCAGGGAGAGGCAUCCAGCAGAAAUCUGAGUGUACCAAAACCAAGUGGAAACAAGGGAAGCAUGGACAAUGCCAUUAUGGAGCACAGGAGUGGUAGUUUCUCCUUCAGGACUCCUAGCAGUAGACUACAGAAUCCACAGGAAGGGCUGUCUGAGCAGGAGAAAGAGGUGAUGCCGCUGGUUCGAUUAGUGCCUGCAGUCAAAAGCACGAGGCAAAACGAUACCACGACUCCGCCGGGAGAACAAGCCUCCAGCACUACUGCGGCAAACCCUCCAUCCAGCAGUAACGAAUUCACUGCAUCAGGACCCAAAGAGAGAUCACCACCCAGUGAACAUGUCAACAUAUCUGGCCCUCAGGGUCCCAGAGGAGGCCCGGCCUCUCCUCCCGCCCCCAGCACCCACUUUCAAUGGGCCAUCAAAUCCAUGCGUGGCUCCAAACUUGGCCCCCCUGGAAAUGUGGCCUAUGUGGGCAAACGUCCCACGUGGGAGCCUAUGGAGGCCAAAGCAGGGCCACUUGAGGUGAUAACCCUGCCCACUUCCCUUCGACAGGACAACCCAGAAAACUAUUCAGGCCAAGGAAAGGACCAGGAUGGAGAGGAUCUGAGCACUCCAUCAGCUGCCAGAACUGCAUCAGGAGAGGAGAAGGAGAUCGAGGGGAGCAGUGAAGGGAGCAACUUUCCUGGUGGGUUUGGAUUGACAGGCAACAAGUUGGACAGCGACAGUGUCAAACUGAGUUCUGAAAAAAAGUCCUCACUCAGCCAAGGCCAGACUGAGGUUGUGACUGUGGCAGAGCACACCACUCUGUCCCAGUGGCAGCCGGUGCAGCAGCCCACCACCCCACCUCAGGGCCCCCAGGAGUCUGACACAGCAGAGGAGGCCAGGGGGGAGAUCCUCUACAUCCGCCGACCCACUGAUACCAUCUCCUCUGCUUCUUCAUGGAGGGGAGAAAGUAGUUCAAAUUCAGGUUUCACUCCUCUUUUUAGGAAGAACAGCAAAAACAAUAGCAGAAAGGAGGUGGUGACUUCCACACCUGAAGCCCUAAUGGAGGUGCUGACAACCACUGAGGUGACCACAGUGGAGCUUCUGACUACUAGAGACACGCAGAGGACGGAUCCUAUCACCAGAGCAAUCACCACAGAAAAUUCCUCAGAGAGCGCCACCUUAGAGGAGUCGUCUAUUUCCAUUUCUUGGGUUCGGGAAGAGACGGAGAAAACAACCCCCAACCCACAGGACCGUCUCUCAGCUACUCUAGCACCCGGAUCUCAAACGACUACUGGUGUCAUUCAGUUGACCACCUUCGCGUCAGACUCCAACGUUGGCGCCACACAAAUGGAAUCCAGGUCGGCAGUGUCUGAGUCCUUCAUUGUUGGGAGUCGGUGGACACCUUUCAAAGGCAUGAGCCCAAAGUCAGAGGAACACAAAGCUCCGGUGUCGACAGGCAACAAAGACAAAGACACAAACAACCCUUUCGGCAUCCUUGUACCCAACUGGGCCUUUGGGCUAAUCCCAUCAGUGGAGAACAACCCAUGCCAGACCAACCCCUGUCUCCACGGAGGGAGCUGCCUGCAGGAAGGUGAUGGCUAUAGCUGCUACUGUCCUCAGGGCUUCUCAGGAGAGAGCUGCGAGAUUGACAUUGAUGACUGCCAGUCUAAUCCAUGCCAGAACGGAGGAACCUGCAUCGAUGAGAUCAACUCCUUUGUGUGUCUUUGUCUGCCCAGCUAUGGGGGAGCUACUUGUGAGAAAGACACUGAGGGCUGCGAGCACACAUGGAGGAAGUUCCACGGCCACUGCUACAGGUACUUCACCCGGAGACACACCUGGGAGGAUGCCGAGAAAGACUGCAGGGAGCACAGCGGCCACCUGGCCAGUAUCCACAGUCUGGCCGAGCAGAACUUCAUCAGAGGUCUCAGCCAUGACAACACCUGGAUCGGGUUAAACGAUCGUACAGUGGAGGACGACUUUCAGUGGACCGACAAGAUGGACCUGCAAUAUGAGAACUGGCGUGAAAACCAGCCCGACAACUUCUUUGCUGGAGGAGAAGACUGCGUGGUGAUGAUUGCUCAUGAGAAUGGCAAAUGGAACGACGUGCCCUGCAACUACAAUCUGCCUUACGUCUGCAAGAAGGGAACAGUACUUUGCGGAGCCCCACCCACUGUGGAGAAUGCCUUCCUGAUUGGUCGGAAGCGCUCCCACUAUGAUAUCCACUCUGUAGCGCGCUACCAGUGCGCCGAAGGCUUCCUGCAGCGCCACGUGCCCACUGCUAAGUGUCGUGCCAACGGCAAGUGGGACCGGCCUAAAAUCAUCUGCAUAAAAUCCCGACGAGCCCACCGCUACCGGCGCCACCACCACAAGGGCAGGAGGGAGCGCAGGAAGCACAAGAGGCACGGCCACAGAGAGGGAGGCCACCACGGAGGAGAGCUGGGCCACAACCGCGCCCACGUCUGAACCAAAAAAAAAAAACCCACCCACCCCCUUUCCUUUUUCUCCUCUGCUGCCAACUGCGGUUUGCCUGUCUCCCUGUCGUCCCUUCCUCUCCUCGCCCCAUUUCCCCAAACACUCUUUCACACCUUCCAGCUCAAAACUCUCAGCCCAAGCCCCCCCUCCCCUCCCUGCACUGCACUGCCCUGCCCUUUGCUCCACCCCUGGCUCUCCGAGUCAGCCUGUAUCAUAGUCAACUCUGAGGCCUGUCAAAGUGCUGCCAGGCGUCACCGGGACAACAACAAAUCCCUUUGUACUCUUUUUACUUUCCUCUCUCUGUUUUCCUUUCUCGUCUGUCUCUCACCGACCCUCUAACUCGACCCAGUUACUCCCCUCCGAGCUCAACGAUGACCUGAAACAUGGGGCUACACUGACCUGUUUUUGAAAAAAAAAAAAAAAAAAUUACCUUUGAGAUCCACACCGAACAUUCUUCGGGGAGAAGUGGUUUAGUACAAACUAUAAAUAGGAACGACAUCACUGAAAAUGCCGUAACAAAAUCAGACGAGUCAAGGAAGACAUCCGUGUUGUUGACUUUGAGCCUUUUGUCUGUUAAACACACAUUAUUUUCUACAAGUGUUAAUUUCUUGACUCUGCUGCUUUUGGUUUUGCUCUUUGUAAGACAUUGUACUUGACUUAAAGCGAGUUAUUCUGAAACAGAUUUAAGUGAUUUUCUUUGAAUCAGAGGCAGUUGUAAUUGAAUUAUUUGAUUGUUAGCGUUGUAUCUUCUUGUCAGUGUGAGACAGUUACUUUAGAUCAGAUGCUAAAACCCCCCGGAGGAAAAUGGAAAAACGCAUCUCAAUUCAGUUUCAUCGCAUCUUAUUCCACAUCAGUCAUUUCUCUGAAGUGUCGGAACAAUCUCAGCCCGCUCUUGUUGUGUCAGACAUCCAUCCCUGUCAUUCUCAAGGGUUAAUCACAAUCUUUGAUGUCAGUUUGUCUCAGCUCAGCUCAGCAAUCCCACGAUCUGUUUUGCCUUUUCUCAUAAUUUGCGUCGCUGUGAGAAUGGGUGUGCUGUGAAUUAAUGAAGGUGAUGCAGCAGGGCCAAGUUCUUCUCACUCAUCAGCAGAGUUUUGCAUCUUUGGUUUGAUGAGGAGAAAUUACGCUGUCACCCAGGCGUGAGAGAUACAGAGAGAGACGGAGCAGGUUAUCUAUCCAGUAGCCCCCUCAUAUUUCACAACAAGCACAAGAUAUGACAAGUUCAUGCGCAGAGUUUGGGUACACAAAAAACACAUAUGUCUUUUUUUUAUUUUAUUUAAUAUUUCACUUUCAGCCAUUUAAAACUUUCUUAAAGUUGGUUCUGCGUUGGUGGUGAGAUAACCCAUUCCCAAUCUGUCUCUGUCAACAGUCAUUUAUCUUCACCAUGAAGUCAGUCUGUCAGAAACCAAGAAGUUCUGUUUGUUUAAAUUGGGGCUGUCAAAAGAUUACAUUUUUUAAUCACGUCUAAUCGCUGGAUUUCAAUACUUAAUCGCAAUUAAUCACACUUUUUUAAUCACAGGUUUAAUAAAAUUCCAUAAUUUUGCAUGUCAAAACAGUUUUGAGGUCCAUAUUAAGAAGGUGAGGCAAUUCUUACCACAGUGUUUUGGUUGGGAAUCAAAUGAAUGCAAAGAAGUUUACUUUAUGAGCCUAACUUUAAAAUGUGUUUCUUUCAAAUCAGUGCUGCACUGCACCAACGAUGAAAGAGACAAAAUUGCAGCAUACAGUUAACCCUGUGAGACCCACAUACUGUAGACCCAUUUUUGCGUUUUUUUGGCAGGGGGCAAGGGAGCUUUUUGGGGAGCAGGUCAGCAGUAUAUGCCGCACAGUAGUGAUAUAUAUCACCUGAAAGCUGGAAACCUGAAGAGCAAUUUGAGAUGCAGCUCAGCACUGUGUGUCAAGUUUUUCUACUCAUAAAUUUGUAAUAAACACUGCAAAAAAGUGCAUAGUUUGUGCCCAAAACUGUGUGGGACUGGCAUAAAGUGGACAUGUCUAUAAACAGGAGACUUGUGGGACCCACAGAGUCGAUUGUCAUUCAGAUACCUUGAGGUGGGAGGUCAAGGAACCUCUGUGAAAAUGGCCAUGCUGUUUUUCCCUCACCAAAAUUUGCCUAACUUUGGAGCGUUAUUUAGCCCUCUUCCUUAGAAGUUAGCUUGGUACCACUGGAUUCCUAUGAUACCUGUAUAAGCCCCAGUAUCAGGCGUCUAUAUCUUCUGAAAGACAGGCAGCGGCGAAAAUAGCAGCACGCGAUUAACAGGGUUUUAAGAAAUUAAUAGCUUAUGUUUGGACCUCCUAAUCAAAUCGCGAUAAUGUAUUUGCAAUGACCACAAUCUUUCCUUCCUCUUUGUCUUUAUCGCACUGAUCGGGGCAGCAGGUCAGAAAACAUCCAGAUUGGUCAUUUGAGAUUGCACUGACAGAUUACACCAAAUGGUCGAUUACUUUUCACUCUCACUGAUUUUAAGACUCAAAGCUACAGUAGGUAACUUUUAUAAAAAAAAUAACUUUGUGCCAUAUUUGCUGAAACUGUCAAUACAUCCUGACGGUAGUGCAUGAGACAGGUAAUCUGUGAAAAAAUCACUUCUAGUGCUCCUAAUGGCAUUUGCAAGAAUACUCUGCACCUGAAUGAAAACAACCAAUCAAAGCCAGGAGGAGUCUGUAACGCAGUGUCAGUCAAUGCUCAUGCACACACUGUGCUGCCAACAACAGCGUCCACAGCAAAUACAAGGAAAUAGAAGACGAGCAAUGACCUUCUUCUGUGAAAGUGAAAGCAAGCUUUUCGUCACAGGUCCUCCUUUGUGUACUUGUCCGCUGUUGUUGGCAAAGGAGGGAUGGGGCAGUUUCUUUAAUGCUGGUGGUUGUUUCUGAGGCAUUGUGUUAGCAAAGCUCCUCCAGAAGCCGACUGAAGAUAUAAAGCUUAAAUGAGUGAGAGCAUGCGUGGGGAGGAGGAGGCUGGCGCAGCGUGUGCACGAGCACUGAUUAACACUGAGUUGGAGACUCCUGCUAACUCUGAAUGUUUGAGAGUUCAGGUGCAGUGGAUUCUUGCAAAAGUUAUUUUUUUAUUUAUAUAAAAGCUACCCACUGAACCUUUUAACCUGCAAUCAAGAACUUUUAUCCUUCUUCCACACUCGUGUCCUGGCUUGGUUUGGCUUGGUUUGAAUUGGCCUGCCAUCCUAGUGCAGCAGGGAUUUGCUUCUCCAUUACAGCAGGGCAGAUAAAAGUUUACCUGAUGUAGAUGAACUGUUUGCAGAGGUGCAGUAAGAGCCUGUUUAGAGCUCUUCAUCAACAUCUCUCUGUGACAGUUUCUGCUUAUACUCUUCCUCCUUGCGCUAGCAGCUUUGUUUUUAUGAAAGAAAAGCCGCCAAGAAAUGACUAAUCCUGUGAUAAAAAAAUUUCAUUUCCUUUAGAUUCUUCACAAUAAAAGUCCCGUGUUAUUUUGGUAUGUAGACGCUUUUAUUGUGAAGCAGCAACCACAGUUAUACCUCAGUUAUAAGUUACAAAAGUACUGAGAGCUGAACUCACAGAGACUUCUAAAAACAUCUGUCUCUUUGGUGUCCAGCACAGACAGAUGUGAGUUGAGUCUCACACACGGGGGUUGUCAGUUUGGCUGCUGUGGGCAAGACGUUACCGCUCCCCGCUUGUAGACAGUCAGGCACGCAGUCGGCCCCUCUCUGGAGAAGGAGCAGGAAGGUCCAGCUCCAGUGCAGCUCGGCGUGGUAUGGCAUGUUAAAACUGACAAAGGAAAAGCAAAUCAGUGCCACGUGGUUUGACUCAGUGCGUCCAAAAUUUGGUAACACAGCAGAUAUUGAGCAACAUUAGCAUUCACUGAGUGUCGUGUAUCGGACACCUAACAAAUGUAAGACAGAUGAAAGAGGCUAAAACACAGCAUCAAGCUGAGGCAACUACAGAGUUGUGUUCUCAGUGGGCUUGUCUCUACAAGCAUCGCCUACAAAUUGUUAUCUGAUCGAUUGUUAAUCUAACAAAAUCUACAGCUCUCUGCGGAUAACACCAGCCCUCCAAACCAGGAUGAGUUGGGGAACAGGCAUGAGGACUAAAGCCUAAUUCUGAUGACUGUUGGAUCAUGAAUCAAAGCUGUGUGCACAGGGUGUGAUGAUGAAUAUCCUGCAAGGCAGAAGACACGGAGAUGCUGAGAACUCUCUCAUCUCAGUAUGCGUGUGUGUUUGUGUGUUGAUGAUGGAGGAUGUUGACAGUGGCUGCGGUCCCAGAGGAUGAUGAUAGAGAGGGUCAGCAGAGAUUAAGGCUUCCCAUUUCUGGGGCAGACUCGAGUCUCAGAGCCACUCACACCUGUGCUCGCUUCUGCCGCGUGUCCUGCUUUAAAGAGAGGAUUGAGACGGAUAGAACAAGCGCUUUGCUCUCUUUCCUCCCCUUUUACUGCCGGGUUAAAUUUGUGUUGUUUAAAGCCAGCACUUGAGGUUGGAGCUUCUGGGAUUAUGUCCCAAACACUGACUCCAGCACUUUUAUCCUUUAUGUUUCUCCCUCUUGUUCUUCCCUUUUCCCUUCACCGCCUUUCACUUUAGUGCUUUUCAUUUAUCUUCCUCACUCCACAUUCUUUUCACUGUCACUGUCUAUUUACAAUAGAAAAGUGGUGGAGGACCUAAAUUCAGUUUAACCAGCUCUUUAUUGGCAAAAGAGGACCGUCGGUGUCUUCAGCCGCCUCUCACGUAUCUUGUAAAAAGAACACUAAAGCAGGAUCAGGUUAUAUAAAGUCACAGGAGGUAAGAAAAUCCAUCCUGUGCACAUUAAUUCUCUGCCUUUGUUUGUCUCCUCUCACCUUGGCAAUGACAACACUCCUCCGCACGGCGAAGACAAGUGAACCUACACCUUUGUAUCAGUUUAAUUAAUCUACUGCAUGCCUAAUUAACAAGUUGCAUUAUCUGCAGAACGGCGGAGCUGUGAUGACAAGGGAGGGGUUAGGUUGACGGACAGCCAGUGGAGGGUUUAGGGUGACGGGCAGGAGACCCAGAGAACUGUCACAGCCGUCAAACCCCUGUCGUUUCUUCGAUGACAGGCUGCAAUGCGGCUUUUUUUUUUCUGUCUGUCCGGGAAAAUGGAUUGAGCACGGGCGGUUGAAUGAAAGGGCAGACAGAAGCCCCUCGCACUGUAAUUCAGAUCAGAGUUGAUGCCCAGUGACAGUGUAAUUACAGCUGUGUAAAGGCUCAGCUGUGUGACAGGAGUUAAAAACUUUUGAAGAAGUGAUGAAGUGAGCAACUGAAUUUUUGGGCGCGCAGAGCAGAGAGCAUGAGGAGACAGGACUGGACAAAAUUAGAUUAAUUACGACGAGUUAAAAUGCAUACUAACGCUUCAGUUUGUGUUGAGGUUUAAAAAAGUAAUCUGAUGUUUAAUCCCCUGUUCUGUGUUUCCUUAUCCCCUUUUCCUCACCUCUGCGGAGAUUUUUAGGCCUAUCACAAAAACACC